AUGUCUUUGAUCCUGCCAGGUGUCCACUCCGUCUUGGUGGCUCUGAUGGCUAUGAAGGCUGAUAUUCUUUACGACCCAGCAUACAUCAUGCCAAACCAAUUGGCUAACCACGUUGAUGAACUAGGGUUUGGCGCUGAACUUUUAGAGGCUACAUUCGACCGAUCUCGGGCACCUGCUAGUAAGUCGGCUAAGAGAAGCAACAAGGCCAAGCUGAAACGAAAUACCGAUGCUACUAUUCUUCUAAUUGGCUCAUCCAUACUAGAAUUGACGGUUCGUCAUAAAUUGCCCCUGUAA